UUACGAACAAUACUUUAUUACUAAAUAACAGUAAAGAUGAAGUGGUCGUUGCUUGCUAUUGUGGUACUUGCUUCUGCAGCGCCCUUGUGCGAUGCUCUCAGUCGUGGUUUACGAGUGAAAUUCAAUGUUGGCAUCGGAAUCGGAUCCGACUUCUUCUUCGUGGUGCCCCAGACGACAACCAAUGCUAUUCGCGAGGGCUGGUCCAUCACCUCCCGGGCUGACUCGACCAGACCCAACCUGGUACUGUACUGCCCUCCAGACCGCGUGCUGUGCGGUUUCUUCACCAGGAGUGGCCAGAUCGCUGGUCUGCAAAUAGCUCUUGCCAAAGAUGAAUUUUCGGACGCCGUUUUCGACUGGGAGACACAAGGUUACACAGAAUGGAACCCGACACCAGUUGCUGGUGAAACACAGAAGUCCUUCUGGACGACCCAAUUGUUCUUUGUGUCUGAGACAAGCUCAAAACUGAAUGAAGACAUUGCACCUUCGAGCAACAUCGACGUCCUGGGUGAAGACGCCAUUUGGGUCAGCGGUUUCAACAAAGAAAUGGUCGAAAUUCCCGCAGAUGCUAAGAAAAUCGAAAACAGCAUUUUCACGAAACAAGCUUGUAUCCUGUGGAUGGGUCGUCACUACUACUACAACAUGACCAAGGAGACAGAAUGCACGUCCGACGGCAUCUUCCCCUGGUUCCCUCUCGUCAACUCAGGCAAGCUCGAAGGUGUCGGCUUCCUCACUGUCGGCAAAUUGCAACUGAUUGAUGGAAGACGUGACUGGUUCGAGAGACCAGCUGAAUCUGCUGUCAGAAUGAUCGUGCCUGAAGGACCGGAGUGCCUGUACAACUUGGCUGGUACCGUCGGAGUGGUCACCAUGCACAUCUACUUCACAGACCAACCCUACUUCAUCGGAUGUAUCUUCAAUUAAACUUAUGCUACGAAUUAAUAAAAUAAGAAUAUUUAUUGUCAUUUCA